GUUUCAAAUUUCAAAAUUACAUCGAUACCUCUAUCCAAUUCUCCCUCUCUCUCUUUUCUCUGUAGAGAGAAGACACUCAACAACAAUCGCCUCCACCAAUUCAACAUAUGUUUAUCCCUUCUUCCCAUUCCUACAUAUUCAUCGUAGAUCAGAGAGUAAACAACUCUCUUCAAUCUUGGAUUUGCUGCCUCCUUGAAGACGUUUCUCUUCGCUGAUUAUUUACAAGGAUUGAAGAUGAUCAAGGUGAUGAAUGGCAUAAAGAUUUCAGAGACGUUUUCAAAUUUAGAUCUGUUAUUUCAAUUGUAUCAUUUUCAAAUCCUUUGAAUUCUGUAAUUCUGUUUAAUUCGAUCUAUUCAUCUCUUCAACAACUAGGGUUUGGUAAGUAGAGAUUCCGACGAUCUAUGGCAUAAACAAGCUUGAUUCAUCAACAAGGGUUUUUGAAAUUGAUUUACUAUACAGAGGAGAAGAAGAUGGAUAAUGAGAAGAUGAAUGCCUUACGAAAACUGAUUCCAGAUUUAUAUAAGCAGCAUGCUUAUGUAAAAUUAUGCAAAAAUUCAGGCGGAAGGCGUUGGCAUUUGGCAAUGACACUAAAUUCGUCGCUGGAAUCUAAGUUACAAAGUGCAGCACCCCUUGGGGAGAGAAUCCUGCUGGUGAAGUCGAUACGGAUGCUAAACCGUUUAAAAGGCACUCUGCACAACGGUCACCAGCUACAACUCACAAGACCCAACUGUAGCUUGUAGUUAUGGCUCCAUUAUUUCAGCCGCGGGUAACCCAGCUGCCGCCACGACCCGCAUUCUCCAACUGUGAUUAGAUUCAGCCUGUUUUGACUCGCUUCGGUAAUGAAGUCAGUUUUAACUAUUUAAGUCAUGGGUAGUUUAGUUUUUGUUUAUUUUGGUAUUAGUGGUCGGUCAUGUCCACAGUGGUGAUAUAGUUUAUAUUCAUGCUUCAUCAAACAAUUUUAUAAUUUUAUGAUAAAAAUGAUUUUUGAAGAAUAAUGUCUUUUGCGAAUUACGAAGCCUAAACCGUUGGUUAUUAAUCGGUAUUUGACCUGUCUGGUUUAAACCGGUUUUAAAUCACCAGCUAAAACAAUUCACUACAUUACUACAACACCACUUAAUGUAAAGAACAGGUUGUUAACUUUAGUAAUAAAAAAAUAUUUUCCAAAUACGCCUUGCUGGUCACAGUUUUACUACCCUUUAUAAAAAAAUAUGUACAUGUAUGAUGAGGGCCAUUUUAACUGUCUUGUCUCAUAACGACCCAUUUUAACUAUUCAUAAACAUUAGGGCAUAAACACGACGAUUUCUCAUGCUAUCACCGUAGCAUAAACAUUAGGACAUAAACACGACGAUUUCUCAUGCUAUCACCGUAUCAUGAAAGUUGAAACAAAAAAGAAACGAACAUGCUUAUAAAUUAACUGUCAUGUAAGUAGUUAAUCUUGUAUAAUGUGCACAUCAUGGUCAGAUACAGGACAAGGCAGAAUUGUUCUUUGAAUUGUGUUCAUCAAGUUUUUGAUCAAAUGCCUAAUUAAGUUUUGAUUCUGCAGGAGGGCUGGGAACGACCGGAAGUUGUGUUUGCUGUGUGACCGAGGUAUAAUCGAAUUGAAGUUUGUAGAAGUAAUUUUAUACAUCAGCUUCAAAAGGUACUUAACUUUCAUUGAAUUGAAGUUUUUCAUAGAUCUUAACUAUUUCUAUGAUCACCAUCAAAUGCAACUAACAAAGAAUCAAUAAAAUGCUAAUAAAACAUUAGAAUCAAUUGAUCAAACAACUAAACUUGAGUCUGUAAGAGUACCAUAUUGAGUGCUGUUGCCCCUAAUGUAGCUUUCGACUUUAGCCCUAGAAUAUCUACAAGUACCAAAUAAUCUUAAUUUAAUUAAAAUUUAGGAAAAAGUUACCCGUGUUUGUUGAAACUGUUUCGCUUCCAAAAUUGUUAAAGUCAGCACAUAAAUGAACAUUAAACAGAUCAUCCAUGGUACCAAACAACAAUCUUAAGAAAAAAUUUAAGAUGAAAUAUUUUCUAAUUUAUCGAAAAUGGAACACCGUCUCUUUAUCUUCAAACUCAUGAAAAGAUGUAAAACUAAACUGUGAUAAAAAAAAAUUAAUACUUAUAAAAUAUGAAGUAUUAAGAAAGUAGCAAUUACAUAUAAAAAAGAAAACUAAUCAGACACAUCUAAGUCUAAUUGCAAGAAUCAAGGAACUUUAACUUCAACUCCAUGGAGCACUGAACCUCUCGGUGUAUCUCAAUAAUCUUUCUCAUGAACUCCAGAUCUCUUUCUCCACAUUCUAUAUUACUCGCAACACACAGGUCACGAACGGAAGUAGUUGGCAUCGCCCUCAAGUCCCUCGAAACCUGGUCUCUUGUCAGCAGACCAACUUCCAAUCUGUUAAAACACCUCUUCAACUCUUGAAGAGUAGACCUAUCAGCCAAAACUUGGUCUUCGAUUUGUUUAAUAAAGCGUUGCUUGAAAUCGUCAGAUUUUGCAGAAGUAUAUGACUCCAUUUUAAUAUAUUUAUAAGAACUAAGGCAAAACAAUAAUAGUUGCACUUCUGUUUCACUGAAUGAAUCUGUUUUGAUGAAAAAACUUUUUAUUGGCAAUGCUAUUAUAUAGUAUAUGUAACAGACCAAAGGUCAGCUUUAAAGGCAAACAUUAAAUAAACAUUUAUACUUAAAAACCAUGUACAUUUAAUGAUUUAAGAGUCAAAAACGUGUAUAUGGGAAAUGCCUGUUCAGUUAUCCUAUUAACCAUUUUAAUGCAAAACCUUUGAAAAAUGAGUUUCCAUGGGAAAACAAGUAAAAUUAAAUAUGUAGAAUACCAAGGAACAAAAUUGAAACCUUCAAAAAAAGGUUAUCAUAAUUAGGAGAUGUCUCUUCAUUUACCCUAUCAAAGAUUUUAAACACUAUAAAGCAUCAUUAUUAUUUUACUUGAAAACAUCAACACUUCAAUUUAAAAAAAAAAACGUUCAUCCUAAAACAAAUUGUCCAAAAACACUUACAUUCUUUCUAAAUGGCAAGGAAAACCUUCUACCACUGGUCCGAUACUACUGAUCUUAAAAUCGAAUUUUCAACCUGGUCACUCCAAGAACAGAGAAACGCUGAAGAACUCAACCAAAACGUUGCUAUUGUUAGUGAUAAAUAUUAUAAGCAAACCUGGAGUAGCAUUGCACUGCUGGAUGAAGUUGCCUCUUCUACUCCAACAGAGUUUAAAGAAAAAGCAGAAGAGUUUAUUACAAAUUUGCUGAAACAGGAUUAGAAGACCUGUGAUAUGCUAGCUGAUCUACAAAUUAAAACAAAAAAUGAAAUUGCAUGGAAGAAGGCGAGAGAACGAGAUAUUCUAUUAAGUGUUAAUUGUAAUGUUUAAUUUUUAAUUUUUAUUAUUUUUCAAAAUCACAAUUUUGUAAUACUAUGGUUUAAUAUUGAAUAUUCAAAGUUUCGAAAUCAGAAUUUUGCAAUUUCAGUUUUACCUGUUUCUUUUAUCCUAGAUUGCUACUGGUUGGUACAAUGCCCUUAUUGUAAAUUUCUUUUAUCCAAGAUUGCUACUGGUUGGUUUAAUGAAGAUGUCAAUGGACCUAAUUAUAAUUUUGGAACCCAAACAUGCUACAGGUUUAUUUAAUAAAGAUUUAGUUUUCUGAUAUUAAU